GCAAUGAUGGAAGGAUUUUCAGUGCAAGGACUUAUGAAAGGAUUUUCAAGCAUAAUUGAGAUAGUCUUCACUGCAUGUUUCUUGUAAUUUCCUUUUGUACUGUAAUUGUUUUUUGGACCAACCUUUUGUACUGUGAUUCAAACAUCCAACAUACAAUGUAUUUUGCGUACAAACUCAUAUGCUGUGUACUAUGAAGUUGUGACAAAGACACCUUAGAUGCUUAAUGCGUCAAAAGCAUCUUGUCUAGGAUAAUUCUUCCAACUUGACAAGUAGCUUAUGGCUAUCUUUCCGAUUCCAACUCCACUUUAGUACUUUACUGAGACAGGAUUUGAUGUUCUUAAGCUGUCAUUUCUCUGAAGAGAGAUAUUAUGCCCACCAAAGCCUAACAUUAUGAAGAAUCCAUAUUAAGGCACAAGCAAUAUAAAAGCAGGCAAAAAACAAGAUUGCUGAGAAUCAGAAGAUCGUGAUACAGCCACACAGGGAAAGCAACCACAGGGUGAUGGUGCAAUUUCCAGUCACAAUUACAGCGAGGGUGGAGAAUUUUAACACGACACUUUUGUUGGGACUCCAACUACCGCCCCUUUACCACAUGAUCAAGAGAUCUCAUCGGUGGCAUAAGUAUGUCUCUUCAACCUAAUGAAGAGCUAAAGUGAGAAUUUGGUACAUUAUUGGUGAAGUGAAAAAAAGGACUUGGGAUGAAUUUUGAUGCUGGUUAGAUCUCAGGGAUUCAUCUUCAUCACUUAAAAUAAACAUUCCCAAAAUAAAAAGACGUAUUGGCUUAUUGCUGCUUAUACUAAAGACGAAAUAUCAACAAAAAGGGAAAUGAGACUUGGCAAAAGGGGAUGAUGGAAGCGCAUGGGAUGAGUAGCUCUUUUCCCAAGUGGUAGCCCCCAAAACCAUUGCUCCUACUCUCCUCAUGUGUCAUUUAUCUGUUGUGUAUCUUUAUCUUCUCGGUAAGAGAGGCCAUCCUUCAUUCCCUUUCGUUUUCUCUUCUCUAAGGCCACCAGUUUCAUUACUCACUGUAUCUUUAUCUUCGUCCUCAGAAAUGCCAUCUCAGCUACACCAGCUUCCACUUUCAUCUCCACAAUAAUAUUCUUCUCUUUAUCCAUCUCUCAAACCUGAAAAUCUUUUUCUUCAUUCUCACAACUACACCUCGGAUGCACGAGUACCUUCUCUUCGGGCCAUCAGUUUCCAUUAUUCACACAGAUUCUCUCUGUCUUUCCUUCCUUCUUCUACACCAAUCCCCUUGAAUCUUCAUCUUCAUCCUCACGCUUCACCCUGUGGUAAAAGAAUAGUUCUCUGUUCUUUUCCAAUCACCAUAUGUUAUCUUCACUUUCACACCACAUAAAAAGAUACAAUGUUU